AUGGCUGAUACAAACGAACUCGAUUUUUAUGAAGUGGAUGAGGCCUAUGUGAUUCAGAAUUCAGCAAUUCCGAAUGCUGGCGAGAUCACUUCUGCAGAACGCAUGUUGUCUGCUUGUUCUGGCGGUGUGUUCACUACUUUGCUGAUGACGCCACUCGAUGUCGUCAAGGUACGAAUGCAAAGCAGAGAUGUACCCAAACGGGGACUUACUAGCACGGUCACACCCGCAUUGAAUGGUGGAACUUUGACAGUCAUGAAGAGCAUUAUUCAUGGAGAAGGGUUUUUUAUGCUCUGGAGAGGACUAUCAGCUGGUUUGGUUAUGGCUGUCCCUUCAACCGUUAUAUACUUUGCUGGCUAUGAUUGGAUGCGACAGCAGACUCAGAACUCUCGAUUUGCCAACUCAGUUUUGCAUGACUCUUCGCCUCUCUGGGCUGGUGCACUUGCAAGAAUUGUGGCAGCAACUAUAAUCUCACCCCUUGAGUUAUUUCGCACUCGGUUACAAGCAGCAGAAGGCAAGCAUGGAGUGACAGGUGUAUCAAAGGGCAUUAUUGAGAUGGUAAAAAGAGAUGGACCGACCUCUCUUUGGAGAGGAAUCUCAUCUACUCUAUUGAGAGAUGUGCCAUUUUCUGCAUUUUACUGGAUGGGCUACGAAAACAUAAAACAUCACUUACAGUCAAGGCCUAGCUACAAGCAUGACACAAUGUCUAAUUUCCAAUCGUCUUUUAUUGCCGGCGCUUCUUCUGGCAUGCUUGCUUCUGUAGUCACAACUCCUUUUGAUGUAAUCAAGACUCAACGUCAGAUUAGCUCAAUAAAAGACAUGCCGUUGAGCCGAUUGAUCAAAGAUAUCAUUGCAAGCGAAGGCUACAAAGGCUUCUUUAGAGGAACUGCACCACGUGUCAUCAAGGUUGCGCCUGGAUGUGCCAUCAUGAUCUCAAGUUAUGAGUUUGGUAAACUUGUAUUUGCUGACAGGAGACGAGCAAAAUCUACCUGAACCCAUAGAUUGUAAUAUUUGCUUCAUAUAUAUAUAAUUGUAUUUCUAUUUCUAUUAUAAGAUACGGGCUUUAAUGACAAGAAUUAGAGAGCCACACACACAUACACACGCACAUACAUAUAUAUAUAUAUAUAUAAUCUACAUAGGGGAUAUAAUCCCCUCCUCUUCCCUCCCCCAAACUAGAAUAUUUACAGCAUCAAAUAAUUACCAUUUGCUGUCACGGUCG